AUGUUUUCUCCUAGUUUAUUUUCUGGAGACUUCCAUGAUCUCUGGCUUCAAAACCAAUCGUCCAGUGGAGGCUUAUCACUGAAGGGGUUUGUUGAAAUGAAUGGGACCCAAGAUGAACAAAAGAGAGAUCAAUUGAGACAUCUCUUUGCACCACCAUUGCUGGCCUACUCGGUAGAGUGUCCAGGGCCAAACAUAUCACAGUUAGAUUAUAUUAUGAAGACCAGAUCUUUGAAUGGUGGAUCGCUCAAUGCUUCGAAUCAAAAUUUUCUUACACCAUCAGUGCUUAAGAAAUUAAAUAAACUCAAUUCCAUUAGGAAUAUUGGAUACACAACCAUAUCUCCAGUUGGAAUUGACAAGACUAUGGUCGAACUUGCAUACGAAGAGUCGAAACAAUUGCAUUUCAGUGACCAGAUGGACGAUGAAGAAGGAGAAGACGGCGAAGAAGAUCCUUCUUUUAUCCCCACAGUGGAGAAUACCAAUAAUAGUAUAUUGGAGCAGCCAGAGGAAGUUGAUUUAGAUGCAUACAUACCGGAUGCAGACGAGUUUGAACUUGGUGGGACAGAAGAUGUAAUUGAAGAAGAAUCCCUUGUAGACGAGGAUGAAGGGUUUAUGGCGGAAGAAGUCGAAUACCAAGAAGAUCACAGUAUUUCUGCCGAUAUUACCCGCCACAUGGCGCCUUUAAGUGGGAGUGGGAGUAUCUUAACCGCCAUACAAAGAGAGGGAAACACCAGUGAAAUUGGUGAUGAAAAUGCUGAAAAUGACAAUGAAAAUGAUGGUGAAAGUGACAAUGAAAAUAACAACGAGUACGAUGAACUGGAUAUGAUAAUCGAGUAG